AUGUUGGAUGAAAAUAACCAUCUUAUUCAGUGUAUAAUGGACUAUCAGAACAAAGGAAAGACAUCUGAAUGCUCUCAAUACCAGCAGAUGCUGCAUACAAACUUGGUUUACCUAGCCACUAUAGCUGACUCCAACCAGAACAUGCAGUCUCUACUACCAGCACCACCCACACAGAAUAUGCCUAUGGGUCCGGGAGGGAUGAGUCAGAGUGGCCCUCCCCCACCGCCGCGCUCGCACAACAUGUCUUCAGAUGGUAUGGUAGGGGGGGGCCCUCCUGCACCACACAUGCAGAACCAGAUGAACGGCCAGAUGCCUGGACCUAAUCAUAUGCCUAUGCAAGGACCUGGACCUAACCAACUCAAUAUGACAAACAGUUCCAUGAACAUGCCUUCAAGUAGCCAUGGGUCAAUGGGCGGCUAUAAUCACUCAGUGCCAUCCUCUCAGAGUAUGCCAGUGCAGAAUCAGAUGACUAUGAGCCAGGGACAGCCGAUGGGCAGCUACGGUCCCAGACCAAACAUGAACAUGCAACCAAACCAAGGUCCAAUGAUGCACCAGCAGCCUCCCUCCCAGCAAUACAACAUGCCACAAGCUGGUGGCCAGCAUUACCAGGGGCAGCAGCCACCUAUGGGAAUGAUGGGCCAAGUUAACCAAGGAAAUCACAUGAUGGGUCAGAGGCAGAUUCCUCCAUACAGGCCACCACAGCAAGGCCCACCACAGCAGUACUCAGGCCAGGAAGACUAUUAUGGGGACCAAUACAGUCAUGGUGGACAAGGUCCUCCAGAAGGCAUGAACCAGCAAUAUUACCCUGAUGGUCAUAAUGAUUACGGUUAUCAGCAACCGUCGUAUCCUGAACAAGGCUACGAUAGGCCUUAUGAGGAUUCCUCACAACAUUACUACGAAGGAGGAAACUCGCAAUAUGGUCAGCAGCAAGAUGCAUAUCAAGGACCACCUCAACAGCAGGGUUAUCCACCACAACAGCAGCAAUAUCCAGGCCAACAAGGCUAUCCAGGACAACAGCAGGGUUAUGGCCCCUCCCAGAGUGGUCCAGGACCUCAGUAUCCCAAUUAUCCACAAGGACAAGGCCAGCAGUAUGGGGGAUACCGGCCCACACAGCCUGGGCCACCGCAGCCACCACAGCAGAGGCCUUAUGGAUAUGACCAGGGUCAAUAUGGAAAUUACCAACAGUGAAAAAGUACUCACAUUCCAGUAGGCAAUAUCUAUUAGCAGCCAUAUUGUCUCCUCAGCACUGUGGACAUCUUCCUGAGAUGAGAACCUCCCAUUCCAUCUAGCUUUUGGAAAAAUCUUGUGGCUGUUUUAUGGUAUACAGUCUUUAUGGGUUAAUUGUUAAAGACUGUAGAUUCUCAGAAACUGAUUUCACAUCUCUACUCUAGAUGGCAAUAUUGGACAGAAAAUACGUGACAUAAUUUGCAGUGAGUUGAGAACUGUAUGUCAAAUAGACUGUUACAGACUGAAAGGUGCGAACAGCUUUGUAUGUUUAUGAAGGUUAUGGGAAUUUAAUAUUUUUUCCACGGAUUUUUUUUGUAGGGGGAAAGGGGAAAUGCACACUUUUUACAGCAGCAAUAUUUUGUAUAUUAUGUUUUUCAUGUGGUGAAUAUGCAAGACAGUACACUACUCGCUGGGCAGGAUAAGAAAUCUACUGUUAAAAAUAGGUAGGGGCAUGAUAAGUGCUGGAUUGUAUAAAUCUUGAAAUGGUGUACAAUAAAGAUAACAGUGAAAA